GCAGGGUUGAGAAGAGGAAGAUGGCCGAUCCGUUUGAAGCUCUGAAAGACAAAUACAUGAGGCCGGCUCCAGGCUUCCUCUUCCAUCCACAGUUUCGUAUGCCAGAUCAGAGAACAUGGAUGUCGGCCAUCGAGAACAUGGCGGAGAAGCUGGAGACGUUUGGCUCGCUGAAGCCAGAGUCGGGGGACAUGCUGCGCUCCAUGCCGUCCAUGUUUGACUUCAGAGCACCGCCUUCGGCCAUCCCUGAGUCUCUGCUCCGCAAGGGGAAGGAGCGCUACACCUGCAGAUAUUGUGGGAAAAUCUUCCCACGCUCUGCUAACCUGACCAGGCAUCUCAGGACCCAUACAGGAGAACAACCGUACCGGUGUAAGUACUGCGACCGCUCCUUCAGCAUCUCGUCCAACCUGCAGCGCCACAUCCGCAACAUCCACAACAAGGAGAAGCCCUUCAAGUGUCACCUGUGUGACCGCUGCUUCGGCCAGCAGACCAACCUGGACCGCCACCUCAAGAAGCACGAGAACGGCAACCUCUCAGGCACUGCCAUGUCGUCUCCGCGCUCCGAGAUGGACAGCGGAAGCGCCAUCCUGGACGACAAAGAGGACUCCUACUUCAACGAAAUCAGAAACUUUAUCAGCAACACGAACCAGAACCAGACGUCCCCGGAUCCUUCAGAAGAAGGGCUGAACGGCGGCACGUUCGACGAGGAGAAGCCACUGAUGUCCGGCCGCGGGUCACGUGACCUCGAGGACGAGGAAGGGGAGGAGCUCGGCGCAGACGAGGAGGAGGAGCCUAUGAGCGACUCCCUGCUGAAACCCGAUGCGGGUCCGUUGCUGUCCGGCAGCUUGGACGAGGACGUCCUGCAGGGCGACAUGGACUACGACCAGGCAGCGGACUUGGAGCUGGAGAACUCCAAGAGCUCACCCCGGAGGUAUGAAGACGAAGAGGACGAGAGAGGCUACUCGGCCCUGGACCACAUCCGUCACUUCUCGGAUGCGCGUAAGAUGGAGGAGAGCGAGAUGAGCGAGGGGGACGGCGAGGAAGACGCGGGCUCCUUCGGCUCAGCCACCCUGGCUGAGGCCGUCAAGCAGCCGCUGUACAGGAAGUCCAAGACCCAGGCCUACGCCAUGAUGCUGUCCCUGACGGACAAGGAGUCCCUGCACCCCACCUCCCACUCGCCGUCCACAUUGUGGCACAACCUGGCCCGCGCCGCCGCCGAGUCCAGCGCCAUCCAGUCCCUCAGCCACGUGUGAUGUCACAGCCCUUUCACCUCGCAAUCCCCCGACCCCCCCCCCCCCCUCUGCUCUUAACCCCACGACACCCUGACUAAAGGCACUGGGAUCCCCCCCCCCCCCCACCCCAUUGUGGGACCACCCCCACCUCCGGAACCCCCCCCCCCUGUUCUCCAUCUGCAGACCGACUGCUGAGCAGAACCACGGCCCCGUCUGACUGCUGAGCACAGCGCCUUAACACCGGUCGGAGGAACGGGGGUUCCCCUCGGAAACACAGCCCCCCCCCAAGAUCCACCAGGUCCACGAUCAAAGAUGUCCCCCCGCGACAAUAAAAUGUGUCCACGUCCCAUGAACGUCCGCCGGAAAGGGGCGCGUGCGAUGAUAAAUGUGGUGAAAAUAAUAAUGCUAAAGCAACGAGUGUAUUUAUUCUGCUGGAGUCUCAAUGUUUUGCACAGCGGCGGCGGACAGAGGAGACGUGGCUGUGCCGAGGCUUUGACGUUUUGAAAAGUGUCGUGAAUUGUCCAGCGCAUACACGGAGGAGGAGGGCUUCGCCGGGGUCUCCACGGUGGAACGGUUUCCGAUUAGCACGUCUCAGCCCCAUUUGUACAAAAUAAAAUCCCCCUGCUUCACUACCGUGUGUCUCCAUUGAUGAAUAAUACUCUUAGUUUUUAGGCCUUUUGAGUGAAUUACCUUGAAGCCCACAGAGAUGCACAGGUGUUUCUCAUUAAGAACAUUGGACUCGACCAAGCUGAGGCUUUGUCCUUUUACUAGAAACACAGCCUACUUAAAAAAAAAAAAAAAAGGAAAGAUCCUCUCUUGGCAGACGGCACUGUCAACGCUGUGUUUAGUACAUCUGAUUGUUGAUAACAAAAAGGAAUAGAAGGAAGUGAUGUUAAACAAACCUGGCCAGUUACCGGUGUGUCCACACGAUCACAGCUCUGUACAGAAGUGUCUACCAUCUGUUCCCACUGCACUCCAUCAUGCCCGCCUGCGCUAUCUGUGAACGGAUAUAAAUAAAUAGUCUUUUUAGUGGAUAAAAAACGUUUUCCUUUUUUUUUUUUCUGAAACAAGUAGCAAGUGCUGAAGUUAAAUGUUGUUCUGUAAAGGGCAAAUGUCUCUCGGAAAUCCCCCGGAACCCUUCCUUGUCGGCCAUCGAUGCCACUAAUUAGCCUGUAUGCUAGUCGUUAGCUACUCCAUGCUUGUGAGUCUUUUAUUUUUUAGACAAUCAUGAUUUUGUUUUUGUUUUUUUUAUUUUUUGUUGGUGUUGUCGAUGUAAUUUGCUGUUGUAUGUUGAAAAUUGUAUUUAUUUCUUGGCAAACUGUAGUUUGUUUACUGAAUAGCACUGCUCUUAGCCCAGGUGAUGGGGCGAUUCCUCACUGGGCACAUCCCAGAGAUGAACGGGAUUUGUAGAUUAUGUUUGAGUGCCGGAUAGUAUUAAACAUACCAUUCACUCCUUAUUCUUCUAAUGAAUCCGGUCAACAAAUAGAUAUUACUUAGGGUUUUUUUCUACGACAAUUUAUUGAUCUAAUUGUAAAAAAAAAAAAGAAAAAACAUUAUAUACGAUCAAAAUGGCGUUUCAAAAAAGAGCCAGUUAUAAUUUCUUCGUAAGCGCAUGAUUGGUCUGAUAAGAUCUGAAUCUGACUUUUUUUUUACGGUUGUCUGCAAGCUUGUGUGAUGUUCAGUUCAUGUUAAUCAAUCGUGCCAAACCUAUGGUAAAAAAACCUGAUUACUUUCAUUUAUCCUCCCAUUUUGAGGGACCAGAUUGUUUCUAUUUGUUGUUCUGUUGGUUUCAUUUUUUGUGUUUUGUUUAUAAUCGAUCUUAAAAACGUAAUCAGCGAGUUGAGGUACUUUGUUUUAAUGCUUUCUACAAUGUAACUGUUAUGCAUUUCAAUUCAAUACUGUGGGAGGAAAAAAACUACAAGAAAUAAAAGACUACAAUGUGAACCGA